AUGGUCGGUCUUGUUGAUGGCACCACUGAAUUCUUCAAAUUCAUACUGGUUUUGAUCUUGUUCAACCUUACCGCGGCAAGCAUCUGCCUGUGUAUCGGCAUAAUCUUUAAAGAAGUUGGUGUGGCCAGUUUAUUAAGUAGCUUGGUCAUGCUAUUUAGCAUGUUAUUUGGCGGCCUCCUGUUGAAUAAAGAGUCUAUCCCCGAUUAUUUGGCUUGGUUAAAGGACUUAUCAUUCUUUAAUUAUGCCUUCGAAGCAUUGAUCGUUAACGAAGUUGUUUAUCUCCAGUUGAAAGAAGAGAAAUAUGGAUUAUUGAUUGACGUUCCUGGUGCAACAAUUUUAUCAACAUUUGGUUUUGAUGCUUCGGCAUAUUGGUCAGACGUUGCCAAGUUGAAUAUAAUGUUCUGUGCAUUUAUAGUUCUUUCAUUCAUUUGCCUGCAACUUUUCGUGAAGGAAAGACGUUAG